AUGGUCUUUGCGGGGUGUCCCAGCAAAGCGUGGAGUGGGGACCAGGGAAGCAUCAUCUCACACCCCUCUUGUCUCCCUGCCGUGCUGCAGCUCCUGAUUGCUCGCCGGAGGAGAACCAGCUGCUACUUCUACCCCCGUGCCUGGCCCAGCCUCAGGAGCGCGGACUGGUGGGAGCGGGUGGUCCUGAAGGAGUUUGGGCCCCAGGACUGGCUGGACAAGUUUCGGAUGUCCAAGGAGACCUUCUUCUAUGUCUGCAACCAGCUGCGGCCUGGGCUGGCUCCACACAGCGCCCACUUCCACCCCACCCUACCCCUGGAGAAGAGGGUGGCCGUGGCCCUGUGGCACUUGGCCACCAACGUGGAGUACCAGACUCUCAGCCCACUCUUUGGCGUGGGGCCCUCCACGGUGCAGACGUGUGUCCGGGAGGUGAGCUAUGCUGUCGUCUUGCUGCUGAAGCCCCUCUACCUCCGCCUGCCCAACGAGAAGGAGCUGGAGAAUAUGGUGCGUAUCUUCCGUACCCGCUGGGGCUUCCCACACUGCAUCGGUGCCCUGGACAGCCUUCAUAUCGCCAUCCACCCUUCCCUGCGCCUCAGCGCCGAUUACUGCAACGGCCAGGGCUGGCACUCCAUCCUGACACAGGCCACCGUGGAUGGGCUGGGUCAAUUUUGGGAUGUCUCCACCGCCUUCCCUGGCAGCAUGGAGAACAGCGCGGUCCUGGAGAGCUCCAGCCUGUGGGUGUUGGCCAAGGAGGGCCGGCUGUGCCCCAACCCUCCCAAACACUUCAUGGGGAAGGCACAGAAGUAUGUGCUGCUGGGUGAUGCCACCUACCCCUUGCAAGACUGGAUCCUCAAGCCCUACCAGGAGGACGAGAACCUCACUGAGCGGCAGCUGCAGUUCAACUACCGCCUGAAGCGGGCGCACAGCGUGAUCGAGAAUGCCUUCCUGCGCCUGAAGGCCCGCUGGCAGAUCCUCCUGAAGUGUGACGACUGCAGCCUGGAGCUGCUGCCCACCCUCGUCCUUGCCUGCUGCAUCCUGCACAACAUCUGUGAAGCCCAUGACAACCCUUUCAACGAGGAUUGGCUGGAGGGGACCGAGCCGACUGAGCUGCCCAAGCCCUGCCAGCCCGCACCCGCCGCCAUGGAGGACGGCCGGGCUGAGCAAGUGAGCGAGCUGAUGUGCGAGUACUUUGAGAGCUGCGGGGAGGGCUGACGGGGCCAGUGGGCCCCACGCAUCCUU